AUGAACUCGUACCUCGUCCUCGCUCUCUGGGCCGCUGGGUCCUGGAUAGCCUUCAAUAUUGUCAACUCCUACUGGUCGUAUCUCCGGUACGACGCCAAACGUGAGAAACAAGGCUGUCAGCGUGCUCCUCGCAUGCCCAACAAAUACCCCUUCGCCGUCGACUUCUUCGUCGAUGCCAUAAAGGCUGAUAAGGAGAAGAAGUUUCCAGAGAUGAUGGUGAAGCGGUACGGGAAAAUGAGCCAUGUUGGGACGUUUGAGCAUUACACCCUUGGAAAUCAUGGUAUUUCUAUCAAUGAUCCUAGGAAUAUUCAGGCUGUACUCUCAACGCGGUUCAAAGACUUUGGGCUGGGUGAGCGGCGGAACAACACUUUUCGACCGCUGCUCGGAAAUGGCAUUUUUGCAGUUGAUGGACCGAGCUGGGAACAUUCUCGUGCUCUUCUCCGACCUCAGUUUGCGAGGAGUCAGAUUUCUGACCUUGGACAACAAGAAGUUCACAUUCAGCAUAUGAUGAAAGCGCUUCCAACAGACAAAUCCGGCUGGACACCGUCGACAGAUCUACAGACACUAUUCUUUCGUCUUACUCUCGAUACCACCACUGAGUUUCUCUUUGGAGAGUCUGUAAAUUCGCAGGUGAUCAACCUACCAGAGAACAUUGGAAAAGCUCGCACUUUGGCAAACGACAGGGUGAUUGAUGAAGUCACCUUUGCAGCGGCUUUUGACCAUGCACAAGCCUGGCUUUCCGAUCGGUCGAGACUGAUGGAUAAGUACUGGAUGGAUGACGGUCCAGGUCGUCGACGGAACGUGAGGAUCGUGCAUGAGUUUGUGAACUACUUUGUGCAUCGAGCCUUGGAGUAUCGCAAGCAGCGAGUUGAUUCUGAAAAGCCUCGAGAGAAUACAAAUUACGUCUUCUUGGAGGAACUGGCAUCUGAGACGCAAGAUCCGGUGGAGCUUCGCGAUCAAUUAUGCAGCACUCUUUUCGCUGGUCGAGACACUACCGCUUCAUUCCUCAGCUGGACAUUCUGGCUACUCGCCAGACAUCCCGAUGUCAUGGCCAAGCUCCGCAAGGCUGUCGCCGAGAGCUUCGGUCCUUACAGCACAUCAACCCCCGGUGAUAGCAUCACUUUAUCCGGUCUAAAGAACUGCACCUAUCUGCAAUACGUCAUGAAUGAAGUUCUACGUCUAUUCCCUGUCGUACCCGUCAACAUGCGCCAAGCCCUCCGCGACACCUCCCUUCCUGUCGGUGGGGGUGCAGAUGGAAAGAGUCCGAUAUUUGUGGCGAAAGGCCAAGUCGUUGACUUUUCAGUUUUUGUACUUCACAGAACUAAAGAGUACUGGGGAGAUGAUGCAGAAGAGUUUAGACCUGAACGAUGGGAGGGUCGCAAGUUUGGAUGGGAUUAUUUGCCGUUUAACGGAGGACCAAGAAUUUGUCUCGGCCAACAAUUUGCUUUGGUGCAGGGCGGGUACACCAUCGUUCGAAUACUGCAGAGAUUUGACACGAUUGAGAACUUGGACUCUGAUACUGAGCCAUCGCAUAAUUUGGCGCUGGUUGAUAAUCCUUUCAAGGGCGUUCAGGUCAGGUUACAUGAAGGAAGUGGUUGA